AUGCAGCAGCAAAACCCACCACCUCCAAACCCAACUCCUCCACACCCACCCUCGCAAAUGGCCGCCGGCGAUCCGACCUCCUCUUCCUUCCCCUUCGACUGGUCCGAUCUUCUCGAUUUCAACCUGGAUGAGACAGUCUACGCCCCAUUUCCCGAUGUUGAACCCGAAUACAGGCCCGACCCUGAUCAAGGCCACCCGUCAUCGGAAAACCCUGCCCGGGUCAGGAAGAGGGACCCGAGGUUGGUCUGCUCCAAUUUCCUGGCGGGUCGGGUGCCCUGUGCGUGCCCCGAAAUGGACGAGAAGCUGGAGGAGGAAGAGUCGGGCCUUCCUGGGAAGAAGCGAGUCCGGAUUGCGGGGGCAUCGGGAGGGAGCCCGAUGCGGUGCCAGGUGCCGGGAUGUGAGGCGGACAUUAGCGAGCUCAAAGGGUAUCACAAGCGGCACCGGGUGUGCUUGCGUUGUGCGAAUGCAACCACUGUGAUGCUUGAUGGGGAGAGCAAGAGGUACUGCCAGCAGUGUGGAAAGUUUCAUCUAUUGUCAGAUUUUGAUGAGGGUAAGCGUAGUUGUCGAAGGAAAUUGGAGCGACACAAUAACAGACGUAGAAGAAAACCCAGUGACUCUAAAGGAGGCUCAGGAAAGGAGGUUCAGCAAGUUAGCUUUGUUGAUGAUGCCAGUCCAGACGAUGAUGCUGGAAAAGAUGACAUAUGUCCUAGUAGUCAUAUUGAGGAAAGGGAAUUAUUAUUGGAGCCAGACAGAAAUGUGUCCACAUUAUGUUCAACUUUAGGCUCCCAAAGUCUCCAUGUUGACAGUGUUGCAUCAAUUGCGCCAUCUGGUGUAGCUCAUACACAACGGCAGAAACAGAAUUCAGUAUAUAGACGCUCCCCAUCCUAUUCCGAUAAUAAGAAUACUUUUACCUCUAUGUGUCCAACUGGUCGGGUUUCCUUCAAGCUUUAUGAUUGGAAUCCUGCCGAGUUUCCCCGUCGACUUCGACAUCAAAUAUUCCAAUGGUUGGCCAGCAUGCCCAUUGAACUAGAGGGUUAUAUCCGUCCUGGGUGUACAAUUUUGACCACUUUUAUUGCAAUGCCAAAGCCAGUUUGGCUCAAGUUGGUGGAGGAACCUGCUCUGUAUAUAAAAAGUCUUGUUUCAUUACCUGGAAGCAUGUUGUCUGGAAGAGGCACAAUGCUUGUUUAUUUGAAUGACAUGAUAUUUCGUGUCACAAAAGAUGCAAAUUCAGUAGUGAAAGUUAGGGUGAAAGAUCGCGCCCCAAAGCUUCACUACAUACAUCCAAAUUGCUUCGAGGCUGGCAGGCCAAUGGAAUUUGUGGCCUGUGGAAGUGAUCUACUUCAACCUAAGUUUCGGUUUCUUGUUUCAUUUGCUGGACGUUACCUUGCGUACAAUAUAUGUGUUUCAUCACUGUGUUGUGUGAAAGGAGAUAGCAACAGUUUUGAUCACCAGCUGGUGAAGAUAUCUGUCCCUCAAACCGAUGCAAGUCUUGUAGGUCCAGCUUUUAUUGAGGUCGAGAACCAGUCUGGGCUAUCCAAUUUCGUUCCAAUUCUCAUCAGUGAUAAAGAAACUUUUGCUGAAAUGGAGAUUUUGCAACAAAAGUUCAACAAUACCUUAUCCUCUCAAGAACGAGAUUCUCCUUCAAGGUCCGCGUGCCAAGUGUUAGCCUUGAGACAAGCACAAUUCUCAGAGAUCCUUUUGGAUGUAGCAUAUUCGCUCAAGAAACCUUUAUCCGGAUACCAGAUGACACCUUCUCACGUGCAAAGAUUCAACUGUUUAUUGAACCUUCUCAUAGAAAAUGAAUCCUCUGUUAUUUUGGAGAGAAUUGUUUGCACAUUGAGAUCUGCAAUUGAUGACAAUUUGGUGGCUGACAUUUCUGAUGAAGAUAUGAGAUCAUUAAGGAGAAAUAUGGAGAUUGCAGAUAGUGAGCUUGAUUUGAGGUUAGAAGGAAAAGCUCCCACAGUGAAGCCUGAUGUGAACAAAGCUGUUUAUAGUCAAGGCUCCCAGAAGGACGAACAGCUUGUUGUUCAAGCUUCUAGUAUUGAUACGCAUGGCGCAAUGAAGGAUAAUAACUUUGCGGCCAGAGAAUUUUCAUUAUCUCCAGAUGAAUGCGCUAAAGAGCCUCUUUUAAAUGGACAAGUUGUAAUGAAUGUUAAUAUUCAUGCCAAGCCACGAAAACCCUGCAGACCGGUGUUAUCGAGAACAUUCUCAACUUCACGGCCACUUUUGAUGGCUAUCACGGUUAUUUGUGUGUGUUUGGGAGUAUGCGCAGUUGUUGUUCACCCUCUAAGGAUGUUUUUCCUGAGGCACUACCUUCGGAUUACUGCCCUUCGGGACAUCCAGCACCAGAUUGACUUAGUACCCGCGUCUCUGCCUAAUCGUCCGCAUUAUCGAAUGAGUCCAGACGAGUAUGAGGAGUUACGACGUCAAGUGGACGAGCUUUUACAGAGGGGUGUCAUCAGGCGUAGUCUUAGCCCGUGUGUCGUCCCUGCUUUUAUUGAUUCCAAAAAAGGAUAG